UUGACCAAUCCUCGACGCUUCAUCCAAUCACCGCGGUCUAUCGACCACCGCAUUGAUCACUCUGCAAGUGUACCGGAUUCCAGGUAGAGCAGUACCGUUGUGUUGUGCCGUGAAGGUUCACGUGCCAUUUUAAGUGACGAAGACAUAGUUGGCUAAUUGGACAGACUGAAAAGACGACUUUGGGUCAUUGGAUGUCUCAAAGCAUGAGCGUGUCUUCGGGCCUAGCAGCAAUGACCACGGGAGCAGAGCUCAGGGAGCGCGGCCUUGACACCGUCCAGCCGACACCGUCACCGCCUUCAGAGAAACUCAUGGAUAAGUGGAGAGCGCACUACCAGAAACGAAAGACCUACCAGCCCAGUUUCCAUCCAUACAUGCUCCGCUACGGCCUUCCAUUUUGGUUCCUCAGCGCCAUGUGCGGGGGGUAUAUCAUCGGGGCCUUUUACGUUUCCCCCUUUUUGUAUUCAGAAUACGGACCGUCUGUGAACUUGUUUAACUUUUGCCUGCAGACGUUCAUGUUGGUGCAAAUACUUAUCAACUGGUUUUUCGUAAAGACUGUGACGUCAUUCUAUAGGCCCAGUGACGUAGAAUGUGCAGGAAAUGAUGUAACAGUUUUAGAAACGCCCGUCCAUUUAGGACCAGCAAAUAAGUGGGCGAAAUUGGACAAAGAGAAGAGGAAAUAUCUAGUCAUCGUACAGAUAGGAAAUAGGCAGGAAUUGUUUCCAUAUUGGGGUCCGAGACCGUGUCCACGUUGUAAUCGCCCGCGCCCGCCUCGGGCUCACCACUGCCCUAUAUGUAAUGGGUGCAUUUUAAAACGAGACCACCACUGUUACUUUACAGGGAGUUGUGUCGGACUCAGAAAUCAGAGGCAUUUUAUCAUGCUAGCGGCCUGGUCUUUUGUGACCUUACUGUAUUCUUUCAUUCACGUCCUAAUUUACAUUCCAUAUUUAGUAGAAGAUAUUUCUUACUGGGACCUCAAUAUCGUUGUGGCAUUGAUCAGGUUUAUUUUCAGAUAUAUAAGUUUGUAUAAACUCAUAGAGAUAUCGUUAAUUUACUCUAUGAUGAUAAUAGGCUUUCUGGCUGGCGGAUUUCUGAACGAACAAGUAAGGAUAGUACGUAAAGGCAUAUCACAAUACGAGUAUGCAUUUGACUUGAAAGUGAUCAACAGAAACUCUACAUCACGCAAUAUCCAAUCCGUCUUCGGUGACUACUGGGCCAUAAAUUUACUAUUCCCUGCCCAUUGGCUGUUUCCCAACGAUAUAGAUGAUGGUGUUUCUUGGCCAGGCGUAAAAGUAGACACCCCGGAUCUAACUGAUCUCUGCGCCGGCGAGGAGAGCUCGGGGACUGUGAUUUGAUGUCAGAAAUUAUUGUUAUCUGCAAUUGUGAGUAACGUCAUUGGCUAAAACAUUUUUGAUAUAUGUGCAAAGCUGUUUUAUAUCUCUUUUUAAUUGCGGUUGGUUUCUUUCCAAAAUGGAGGACACCAUAGCAUAAAAAGCAACUGUAAUGCAGCAUAUGUUACACAAUAGGUGACCAUGUGCCUUAUGAAGGUACAAAUAACAAUGUACUUACUGGUGUCU